CGGAGACUUCUAUUACGCUACGUUCUAGUAACUUGGAUGUACCUAACCUUGGUACCUGCCAUAGUGGUUUAUUCCACCCUUUUCCACUCUUUAUGUUGUACCACCGCCGGGACGCACGCUCCACUUAGCCCAUCCUCCCAUCCCCCUUCCCCGUUUGGUUUGAUUGCCCAGUUGCUUGAUUUGAUUCCUUUCACCUUUCCCACCCAUCCCUUCCUAUUCCUUUCUAACGCCUCUUUUUUUUGUCCCUUCUUUUCAACAACCCCCCAUUCCCUCUAUCCCCCCCCGUCAUCGCGAAGACGAGCCUACUCUGUCAAUCAUUUUAUUCGAUUCUCAGCCAGGCUUUGCAACCGUGGAACGAUCCAACUUCGCUUCUCACGACCGUACAUAUUUGCAAUUGGUAGUUUUCCAGUUAAGGGUUUUUGGCGCCGUCAGGAACUGCGAGGAGAAAAAGGAGCCUUAGUAGUAUAGAGUGUUAUAUACUUGCUACUCCUUAGAAAAAAAGACAAGAUUAAAGAGAAGGACACAUAAGAGAAUAGGAGAAAGAAAGAGAAGAAC